AUGGGGCCGGCCAAGAUGUACAAUGAGGGGAAGAUUGUCGAUCUUUUGGCUGGACUGUGGUCAAUGGACCCAGCUGGCGCUAUGAUCAGCGGCAAAGGCAAUGCAUAUCCACACCGUGGAGCCAUCUUAGCUACGGGAUAUGGGACCCUCUUUGCCAUGCAAACCGGGAACUAUGGGUUGGUGCGAGGAACUUUCCGAAAUUCUGGUCUCGCUAUGGCGCUGGCGCAUGACCUUGCUUGA